GCUCCGAGUCCUGUUGGUGGGGGCAGCAGGAUGCUGGUGGCAGUAGAGGGGGCCGACCGGGUGCCUCCGCAGCUCAGCUGGCAGGGCCCGGUGGGGCGUGUGUGGCUGCUGGUGCGCGCCCCCAGCCCCACGCCUCCCCAUGCAGCCCUGGCAGUGCCUCCGGCGCUUUGCCCUGGCCUGGUGGGAGAGGACCGCGGAGGGUCGAGCCCGCUCUCCCAGGGAGGAGGUUGGACCAAGGGACCCUGGGGCCCGCGGGGAGCCAGGGCUCCAGCGAGCGGCGGGAGGGAAGCCGGCAGGACUCUGUUCCCUCUGUUUAAAGUCUCCAGAUCCGGAGCGGAGCAGCCCCCCCAUGCUGUCUGCCGACGAUGCCGAGUACCCUCGGGAAUACCGGACCCUGGGGGGUGGGGGCAGCGGAGGCAGCGGGGGCCGGCGCUUCUCCAAUGUGGGGCUGGUGCACACCUCCGAGCGGAGGCACACCGUGAUUGCUGCCCAGAGCCUGGAGGCGCUCAGCGGGCUCCAGAAGGCGGAUGCUGACCGCAAGCGAGAUGCGUUCAUGGACCAUCUGAAGAGCAAGUACCCCCAGCAUGCCCUGGCCCUGCGAGGUCAGCAGGACAGGAUGCGGGAGCAGGUCGGCGGCUGGACCGUGGACCCUGUGUGCCUCCUCAGCUCCCUCUGUUCCCACCUCCACGGCGAUUCCACCCCCUCCGGGGCUGGCCAGCCUGCCCAGCAACCAAACUACUGGAGUUUCAAGACCCGCAGCUCGCGCCAUACUCAGGGAGCCCAGCCAGGGCUGGCAGACCAGGCAGCCAAGCUGUCCUACGCCUCGGCUGAGUCGCUGGAGACCAUGUCCGAGGCCGAGCUGCCCCUGGGCUUCAGCAGGAUGAACCGCUUCCGACAGAGCUUGCCUCUCUCCCGCUCUGCCAGCCAGACCAAGCUGCGCUCACCAGGAGUCCUGUUCCUGCAAUUCGGGGAGGAGACCCGACGCGUACACAUCACGCAUGAGGUCAGCAGUCUGGACACGCUACACGCACUCAUCGCGCACAUGUUCCCGCAGAAGCUCACCAUGGGCAUGCUUAAGUCGCCCAACACCGCCAUCCUCAUCAAAGACGAAGCUCGGAACAUCUUCUACGAGCUGGAGGACGUCCGGGAUAUCCAGGACCGCAGUAUUAUUAAGAUCUACAGGAAGGAACCACUGUAUGCUGCUUUUCCUGGCUCACACCUCACUAACGGAGACCUGCGGAGAGAGAUGGUGUACGCGUCGCGGGAGUCGUCGCCCACGCGGCGCCUCAACAACCUGUCGCCAGCAUCGCACCUAGCAUCUAGCUCGCCACCUCCAGGGCUCCCAUCCGGCCUGCCGUCGGGCCUGCCGUCCGGCCUGCCGUCGGGCUCGCCCUCGCGCUCACGCCUCUCCUAUGCUGGGGGUCGCCCGCCCUCUUAUGCCGGCAGUCCGGUGCACCACGCGGCUGAGCGACUGGGAGGUGCCCCGGCCAGCCAGGGCGUGAGCCCCAGCCCCAGCGCCAUCCUGGAGCGGCGCGACGUGAAGCCGGACGAGGACCUGGCAGGCAAAGCGGGCGGCAUGGUGCUGGUGAAGGGCGAGGGCCUCUAUGCAGAUCCCUACGGGCUUCUGCACGAGGGCCGCCUGAGCCUGGCCGCCGCGGCGGGGGACCCGUUCGCAUACCCGGGCGCAGGUGGCUUGUACAAGCGGGGCUCGGUGCGCUCGCUCAGCACCUACUCUGCCGCCGCCCUGCAGUCCGACCUGGAGGACUCGCUGUAUAAGGCAGGCGCUGGCGGCCCUCUCUACGGCGAUGGUUACGGCUUCCGCCUGCCGCCUUCGUCCCCGCAGAAGCUGGCCGACGUGUCGGCACCCUCUGGGGGACCCCCGCCCCCGCACAGCCCCUACUCGGGGCCGCCCAGCCGUGGCUCGCCGGUGCGCCAGUCCUUCCGCAAAGACUCAGGCUCCUCGUCGGUUUUUGCCGAGAGUCCCGGAGGCAAGGCCCGCAGCACUGGGAGCGCCUCAACGGCCGGAGCACCACCUUCCGAGCUUUUCCCUGGACCUGGGGAGCGCUCUCUAGUAGGAUUCGGGCCGCCGGUGCCAGCCAAGGACACAGAGACCAGGGAACGCAUGGAGGCCAUGGAGAAGCAGAUCGCUAGCCUCACAGGGCUGGUGCAGAGCGCCCUCCUGCGAGGCUCAGAGCCCGAGACCCCAAGUGAGAAGAUUGAAGGCUCCAAUGGAGCAGCCACCCCUUCAGCGCCGUGCGGAUCAGGUAGUCGGAGCAGCGGGGCCACUCCAGUGUCCGGCCCUCCCCCACCCUCGGCCAGCGGCACCCCUGCAGGGCAGCCCACUGCUGUCAGCCGGCUGCAGAUGCAGCUGCAUUUGCGGGGCCUACAGAACAGCGCUAGUGACCUGCGUGGCCAGCUUCAGCAGUUGCGCAAGCUCCAGCUCCAGAACCAGGAAUCAGUACGCGCGUUGCUGAAGCGCACCGAGGCGGAGUUGAGCAUGCGUGUGUCGGAGGCGGCGCGGCGGCAGGAGGACCCGCUGCAGCGGCAGCGCACCCUGGUGGAGGAGGAGCGGUUGCGCUACCUCAAUGACGAGGAGCUCAUUACUCAGCAGCUCAAUGACCUAGAGAAGUCAGUGGAGAAGAUCCAGAGGGAUGUGACCCAUAACCACCGGCUGGUACCCGGUCCUGAACUGGAAGAGAAGGCGCUGGUGCUGAAGCAGCUUGGGGAGACGCUAACAGAGCUCAAGGCUCAUUUCCCAGGCCUGCAGAGUAAGAUGCGCGUUGUGCUGCGUGUAGAGGUGGAGGCAGUGAAGUUCCUGAAGGAGGAACCUCAGCGCCUUGAUGGACUUCUCAAGCGCUGCCGGGGGGUCACUGACACGCUGGCCCAGAUCCGCAGGCAAGUGGAUGAGGGUGUGUGGCCACCCCCCAACAAUCUCCUGAACCAGUCUCCCAAGAAAGUGGCAGCUGAAACAGACUUCAGCAAAGGCUUGGACUUUGAAAUACCACCCCCCAGCCCUCCGCUGAGUCUCCAUGAACUGAGUGGGCCUGCCGAAGGAGCCCCUCUUACCCCAAAGAGCAGUAACCCCACCAAAGGCCUGGAUGCUCCCGGCAAGAGAAGCGCGGACAAAGCAGUGUCUGUUGAGGCUGCGGAGAGAGACUGGGAAGAGAAGCGGGCAGCCCUAACCCAGUACAGUGCCAAGGACAUCAACCGGCUGCUGGAAGAGACACAGGCUGAGCUGCUCAAGGCCAUCCCGGACCUGGACUGUGCCAGCAAAGCCCACCCAGGACCCACCCCCACCCCAGACCACAAGCCCCCCAAGGCGCCCCAUGGUCAGAAGGCAGCCCCCCGGACAGAGCCCAGUGGGAGAAGAGGUUCAGAUGAGCUCACGGUGCCCAGAUACCGCACAGAGAAGCCCUCCAAGUCGCCCCCGCCACCCCCUCCCCGCCGGAGUUUCCCUUCCUCCCACGGCCUGACCACCACACGCACCGGAGAGGUAGUGGUCACCAGCAAGAAAGACUCAGCCUUCAUCAAGAAGGCUGAGUCCGAGGAGCUGGAGGUCCAGAAGCCCCAGGUGAAGCUCCGCCGGGCCGUGUCUGAGGUGGCCCGCCCUGCCUCCACGCCACCCAUCAUGGCCUCUGCCAUCAAGGAUGAGGACGAUGAGGAGCGCAUCAUCGCUGAGCUAGAGGUCUUUGAAAGAAGUUCAGUAUCUUCCCUUCCCCCUACGCCCCGUCGCCAGCCGAUCCCCACCUUGCUGUCCCCCCAGGACCUGGGGUCCCCUGGGGGCUCAGCUCUGAGCUCCCCAUGGAAGGUAACAGGCCUCUCAGGCCUCCCUGCACCUCUCACGGCUCUCUCUGCCUGUUCCUCCACAGCUUCCUUUUCCCGCACCUCUCACGCUAACCCGCUAACACGCCAUGCACACCAGCCUCUCUGCCACUGCCCCAGCUUCACGCCCGUGGACUCACGCUCCCGCACACGCCAAGGGCAGCGCGCAACCGCACAACUUGUCCCUCCCCGAGGCUUCCCAGGGGGGUCUCCCUGGGAUACUGCAGCCUAGGUGUCCUGUGUGACCCUUGAAGUCUGUGCAGACCUGAUUCUCUCUGGCUCUCAGAUGCCUUGUUCCCAUUUACAGCCUGAGUUAAGGCUGGGUCCAAAGCCUGUGAGUUGUCCCGAGACCAAGAUUGGAAUUUGGAUCUUGUUCAGGAAGUGACUUAGAGUCCAACUCGAUCUGACCUUGUCCUGAUACCUCGCCUGGUCCCUUCUUUAUGCCCUGCUCUGCUGCCCAUGCCAGGGAAGGCACGUGCUUCUCCCACUGAAAUCUAUGCCUUGCACUGGGGUGGGAGCGGGGGCGGGGAGGGUCAGGACAGAAUGGAGAGGGGGAUGGCUUCCCUAAGCCUCUCCCUGCCCCAUGGCCAUUCUUGCCGCCUUGGUCAGGGGACUUAGGAUGAGAGAAGCCCAUGGCCUUCCUUGGCUGCUGGUUUUCUCUUCCAGUUCUCCUUCUAAACUUCCGCCCUCGCUGCUUUCCCACUGCACCUUAUUUCCUCUUGGGAUUGUGGGGGUGGGGCUGCUGUCUUCACCCCAGGGACUGUGCUCCAGUAGGAGGGUGGAGAAAGGUCUGGGGAGGUCUCCCUCUGCCCAGUCAAGUUGGGGUAAGAGGACCUCUGUCCUCAACUUCCUGCGCCCACACCCUUCCCUUCCUUGUGUGAUUUUUCCCAGCCCACAAUGGGGUUCAUGAUGGCUGCCACCAGCAUUGGGGCUUGACUUGAGGCCUGGUGGCCUUUGACUUUCUGUCAGGGGUGCAGACAGGCAUCAGAAGGUGGACAGUGCUGUCUGGAGUCUGUCCCUUGAGUCCUCAGGGAGUGAGCAGUGUGAGAUGGCCACUUCCUGACUGGUUU